GUGACGCUCGUAAAAUUAAAGCAAGAAAAAUGAUGUUAUUUUCGUUAAAUGUAGACAAAAUUGGUGUUAAAUACAAGAAAAACAGCUCAGCUCCUGAUGUGCAAACGUUCCGAAAAAUCUUGCAGCAUGAAGAAGGAAUAAAAUUCUGCGACGUAACCAAAGAAUGGAUGGACUUCCUUGUCGACUCCGAUCUCGAUAUUGUGAAAGAAUCUCGUGCCAAUGAGUGCCUAAUGAUUUGCAAGAAAUCCCGUGACGUCCAGCAAAUUUCAAAGUUUUCAUGCGUCGGCGUCUAUUGCUCGCCAAAGAAGUCGGCGACGUUGUGUGGACUGCUUAAAGAACGCUCGCAACUUAUGAAAGUACUGAAAGAUGAAAAGGGCUCGACUUACAUCAUGGAAAAAUUAUUUCGAGAUUUUGAUUUUUAUCGUCCUGAGGAUGUCUUGACGUGUUAUUCGAGUGAGGCUUUUGCUGCGAUGCACAAAAAUGAUAUGAAUACAGCUAGAUUGUAUUUGAAGCGAUUGGAAAAUUGCCUUGAAGAGUACGGAACAGAAAUUCACGAAGACUCCUUCAAGGAGUUCGAAGAAAGAAUUUCUUAUUUAAAAUCACAACUUGGUCCAAAAAAUGACGAAACAGAAGAAUUGUCUUCAGGAUUGGGCUACAAAAUAGAUUUCGUGAAAGAUGAAUUUGUGGCAUCACAAACUAUGGUAUAUGGCGAUUUCAUAUUUGAAGACACUCCUCGGGUUUGUUUGCUCCAAGAAAAGGGCUUUCAAUGUGAUUAUUGUCAUGAAGUAGCCAACUUGUUGCCCUGUUUUGACUGUCACUGCGUCUUCUAUUGCUCCAGUGAGUGUGAAAUGGAAGAUGCCAAGUUCCAUAAAUAUGAGUGUCCGGGAUUGCGUUCGAAAAUUUUGUAUUUGUGUCAAAAUGAAGUGGAUGUUCGUAAUUUAGUUUUGACGAUGUAUGAGCUGAAAGACGAUUUUUUAAACAAAAUUGACGAAAAUUUGUUAGCUGAUGCAACAGACUUGUGGCAAAACUUUUUAUUGAUGCAUGCCAAGAACGAAGGCACGCCGUAUUAUAACUUUUUCUAUCAGAGAAAUAAUGUUGACGAAAUAAUUCGCACCGACUUUCAAAAACUUUGUAUGAAAACCUUACAAACCAUCAUCUAUUUGGAAGAAUACACAACAUUCAUCGACGACUUUUUCGGAAAUGUCCUUCUCGAGGGCAACGAUAUCGAAAUUUUCCUUUGUGCCCUGGCAUUCCGUCAUGCUGUCAUUCAACGAACAAAAUUGAUGCAUUUCAAGUAUGACGUCACCAACAAAUAUCCCAAACGAGUAUUCCAUUUCAUAAAAGAGCCAGAAUCUAAACCGCACCCAGAAUUUGUCAAAAAAGCCUCGGUAUUCGUUGAAAAAUUCUUGAAUGAAUCGCUGCGCUUGAAAAACUGCAAUGACAAGAUUUUGCGACAACUGGUCAAGCGUCUCGAGAAACUUUAUGCGGCGGAAACGGACAAAAGAGAACUGGAGCCGCAAGUUCAUCAGACCUUUCUGGAACAAACGACUAAGGGAAAUUAUUUUCAAAAAUUAUUUUUGAAAUUAGCUGCGGAACAGGAGAAAAGCUCAAACUUGAUGGAUAUUUUCAAAUUAUUCGCUUAUGUGGUACAAACUGAUGAAGAUUUUCACGUGAUUCCAACGAUGAAUGCAGAAAAUCAGUCUUUUGAGCAAAUUUUAACGUGCCUUUAUCCCUACUUGACCAAUUUCAAGCACAGUUGUGCCCCGAAUACAGCUUUGAUUCCUAGAUCUCGCGGACGUACUCAAGUAUAUGCAGCCAAUAUGUUAAACAAAAAUACUCCCAUUACAAUUUCCUAUGGACCUCAUUAUCAGCAACACUGUCGACAGGAUCGAAGAGCAAAACUUGCUGAAAUGUGCGUUGAUUGCAAAUGCAUCGCAUGUACAAAAUCCGUCGAUUUUUACGAAGAAUUAAACAACGAGGAAUGCAAAAAGUGUUUUAUACCAAUUUACGAAAGAGAUGGAAAAUGUCUGAAAUGUGACAAGAAAACAUUCGUUAAUAUUCCGAAGCAUAUUUUUAUUUCCUGCUUUGAACUUGCUUUGUCAAAGUAUAGAUUGCCAGAUUUGGAAACUUAUUAUGAAAUGACGGAAAUCGUUUUGAGUGUUUAUCAGAAAUUUCUUCCAAGCGGUAAUAAAUUUGUUUUGAAAAAGUAUUCAGUUAAAGUGGAUUUGAUGAUCAUGUCAAGUACACCAUUGGAAAGUGUGGGCCUUCUUUUGUGUUUGAAUUACUCAAUUCUCGAGAUGUAUCCCGCAUUAAGCCUCGAAUUGAUUACCCACCUGCACAAGCACUUCAAAAUGUUUUUCUACCUAUUGACCAACUUAAAGAAACAUAUGUCCAAGACACUGCUUCGUGCGAAACAUGACAUAGUGAUGAGUGCCAUCAAAAGAGGAUCCGAAAUAUCUUUGAUGAUUAAAGUAUCGGAAUCUGCGUGGAAUUUCAAGGAUGGCCCUUAUGCGGAUUAUGAACUGUUGAAUCUCCAUUACGGAAAAGUUGUUGAUGAGCUUCUCGAAGUCAUUAAGGAUAAAAAUGUCACAAAGAGUGAAAAAAAGGUUUCACUCAACGAAGUAUUUGAUUUCUUGAUAAUUUCAUAAUUUUUCGUUGAAAUUAUGUUUUUUAUUAAAUUAACUUUUUUUUUUCUUCU